UUUAAAUUUUCGUGGAAGGAGAAAUUUCUAAACUAGUGAUGCUAGGAGCUGCCAAGUAGACCUAGUCUCUCUUAUCUGUCCUUUCUCUUUCCCCAGCUACCAUCUCAGGAUUCUGCCCUUUCCAGCGAGAGACAUCUAGCCAGAGAGGAAUGCCUGGGUCAGCCCUGACGGAGCAUGAAGCAAUCAGUGACAUUCCGAGAUGUGGCCGUUGACUUCUCCCAGGAAGAGUGGUGGUUCCUGAACCCUGCCCCGAGAGAACUGUACACAGCUGUGAUGUUGGAGAAUUAUCAGAACCUGGUCUGGCUGGAGAGUGAGUCAAUAUGGGAGAGCAAGGAAUUAUCUCUAAGGAAGAAUAUGAAAGAAGAAACAUUCCAGCGUGAAAUAGUGAUGAAUAAAACAAGCAAGACAUGUAAAGAAUAUGAAGAAACUCCCUUCACCAAUACAUAUCUUAUUAUCUGUCAGAAAAUUAUUAAGGAGGAGAAGUGCUGCCAGUGUCACGAGUGUGGGAAAUUCUUCAGUCGCCGCUCAACUCUCAUUCGACAUCAUAGAAUCCACACAGGAGAGAGACCCUAUAAAUGUACUGAGUGUAGGAAAACCUUCUAUGAGAGGGCGCACCUUAACCAGCAUGAGAGAAUUCACACGGGUGAGAAACCCUACGAAUGUAAAGACUGUAAGAAGACCUUCAGUCAGAAGACUCACCUUACUCGGCACCAGAGGACACAUACCAGAGAAAAAUUCCACGAGUGCAGUGAGUGUGGAAAGGCCUUCAGCCGCUCCUCAGCCCUUAUUGACCACCAGAGAAUUCAUCGUGGAGAGAAACCCUUUGAAUGUAAGGACUGUGUCAGAGCCUUCACUCAGAGUUCACAGCUCAUUCAACAUCAGAAAAUUCAUUCUGGAGAAAAACCCUAUGAAUGCAGUAAGUGUGAGAAAUCCUUCAUACGUCCCUCUUCCCUGAUGGAGCAUCAGAGAAUUCACACUGGAGAAAAACCCUAUCAGUGUCAGGACUGCAAGAAGGCCUUUUGCCAUGUGAUGCAGCUCACUCUGCACAGGAGACUUCAUACGGGUGAGAAACCCUACGAGUGUCAGGAAUGUGGAAAAGCCUUUACCUCUUGGUCCCGUUUUGUUAUUCAUAGGAGGAGUCACAUGGGAGAAAGACCAUGAAUGUCACAUACGUGGGAAAACCUUCAGUAACCACUCCUUGCUCGUUACACAUGAUAGACACAAAGUGGAGUGAAACCCUUUGGAUGCCACGAAUGUGGGAAGGCCUUCAGAUACAGGUCACACCUCACUCGACAUAGGUGAAUUCAUGUUGGAGAAUAUUAACCAAAGCGAACUAGACUUGAAAAUGUUAAUAUUCUCAUUAUUUAACAGUUAAGAUCUUGGUUAUAAGUAGCAUAAAUUGACUUUGACCCUCUUAGAAAAGCAGUUUAUUCACACUGUCUCAAGAGCUCAUUGAAUGGAUGGGACAGCAAUGAAUCACCUUUGAAAGUAGAGAGGAACCACAGUAAAUCAGGUUUAAGAGCAGAAAGUGAAGCCAUGAUCCUAUGACCUGGAGGCUCUGCCUCCUGCUCCUACACAGGUCCUGUGCUGCCACCACCACGAAUACGCAGUAGUGUUUUACAAAUGAAACUUUACUGGCCCUCAGUAAGUGUCACCUCGUGUCUAAUGUCCCGAAGCCAGGAUUACAAUGCUUGUGUCCUGAUUGCUGAAGGCUAGUCAAAGAGAUCAUCUCUUGGCUUUUGCUUCUGUCGUAACAGGAGAGACACUGUAUCCUACCCAGUUCAGACGCAAUGGAGAGCUCCCUUCAAAUGGGAGGGCCUCUGAUGUUGCCCAACGUGAAAGAAUGUGUAGCUACUGCUUAAUGCUUUGCAUCCUAAAAAUGGUGUCCAGAUAUGAUCCCAAGUCUAACUUUGAGUUAGCUGACCACAGUGUGCUUACCUGAGUUUUCUUCCACACUUCCUACAGUUGCUGUAUCUUGAGGAUCUCAUCACUGUUUAUUGCCUGUGAACAAGAAUAGAGAGAAGGCAGAGACUGACACAAGGGAACAUCACCAGGCAUAGAUAUAAGGGAUAGCCAAGAUAGAUGUUAGGGGUAGAUAUUCCUAAACUGAACACAUAGGAUUUUUUCCUUGAAUUUCUGUGAAAUGCACAUAUAAAAGCAUUUAUAAAGUAUGUGUGCUGGUUUAGAGAAGAAGAAUAAAUACAGUCGUGUCACUUAACAAUGGGGAUAUGUUCUGAGAAAUGCGUGCUUAGGCCGUUUUGUCCUCAUGUGAACAGCAUAGAGUGUACUUAUACAAAGCUGGAUGGCGUAGCCUACUACACACGUAGGAUCUAUGGCACAAUCUUAUGGGACCACCAUCAUAUAUAUGAUCCAUUGUUGACCGAGAUGUCAUGUGGUGCAUGGCUGUACUCAUAAACUCGCUAACCAAGCUAAGAUGGAAAAUAUUACCAACACUUUAGAAUCCAUGAGUGUCCUUGAAAUGCCGUUGGUUUUGAAUGGUUCUGAAGGCCAGAAGGGAUCUCAGGGAAAUGUUCUGUGGGCUGGGCUUUGAAAAAUGAGUAGGGAUUUUCAAAGACAAGUUGAGAAAGUACAUUCAAGUCAAAGGGGAAAGAACCUGCAGACUCGUGCUUGUGAAAGUCAAGAUACCUGGGAGUUUUGCUCCCCCAUAAGUUAUCAAUUACAUUGGAUUCUGUCCAGCAGUGUGCUCUGCCCCUUCCUUUAUUUUUCUCCAUAACCCUUAUUUUAUUCAUUUAUUAUACUAUGUAUUUAUUGUUUAUUGUUUGUCUUCCCAGUGCCAGAAUCUAAUCUCCACAAGGGCAAGAAUUUUCUCCAGUCCUUAGAAAAGUGCCUUAGAUGUUUUAGGUCACUAAAUAGACACUUAUCAAGUAAACUGAUGAAUGAAUGAAUGGAAGGCCUUAGCUCAUCAACGUGAACUCAGGGUCUUUUUUAUUAUUAUUAUUAUUUUGAGGAAGAUUAUCCCUGAGCUAACA